GAUGCAUAUGGACCCAAACUGCUGAGCUGAAGGGAUAUGGGAGGCAAACCAUCUGCGCCCCAUUGUCUUAGCAUGUCCUUUGCAAGACUUCUUUGUGCUAUUUGAGCUUGCAAUGGGAAGAUCACUAAGUUCACGGCUCCUUCACUUUGCAAAGAUGGAGAUUCUCCUUCGCAUCAUUUGGCAAGGGCUGCUUUUGGGACUGAUGGUCCAGCCCAGUGAAGGGGAAGUCCUGUGUGCAGGUACGGCUUGCUACACACUCCACUUUGGGAGGCAUAGCUGGAUGGAGGCUCAGGAAAAAUGCGAAGACAACGGGGGCAACCUGAUGACUCUAAAGAGCCAAGGGGAGGCAUUUCUUGCCUGGCAACUGCUGGACAAGAUGUCCAAGGGGACAGACGGCACAGACAUGAAGGUAAGACUGUGGAUUGGGCUCCAUCGGGAAAAGGGAAUAUGUUACCAGCAACAUCAGCCACUGAAGGGCUUCAGCUGGGUGAAAGGAGGCAAGGAGACCAAAUACUCUAACUGGGAAGGGGAGCCCCGGGAAACAUGCACAGCAAGGAGGUGUGUGACCCUUCAGAGGACUCCUUCCUCAAUUCAGGAACUGGCCUGGGUAGAUGGCCCUUGUUCAGCCGACGGGAAGUCGGGUUACUUGUGCAAGUUCAGCUUCCAGGGAAUGUGCCGUCCACUUGUUUUGGCAGGACCGGGCUUUGUCAGAUACACCACCCCUUUUGGUGUAACCACUGUAUCCCUGGAAGCGGUGCCCCUUGGCUCCACGGCUGAAGUGGCGUGUGGCCCUCAGGGGGAGGAGAUGAGUAACGACUACUUCAUGUGCAGGCCACAGCUAAACAGCAAUGCCUCAGAAUGGAGCAGCCCAGGCCCAUUCUGUGCUUCGUCCACUUUUGGUUGCAGCUACAGCAAUGGGGGCUGCGAGCACAACUGCCUGGACUUAGGCAGGGGCUUGUUUCAGUGUGAUUGCCACACAGGAUACCAGCUUGCAAGUGACCAUCUUUCCUGCUUCCCUCUGGACUACUGCAGCUCCAGUCCAUGUCAGGAGCAGUGUAUGCCACGCCCGGGUGGCUUUGAAUGCCUCUGUUCCCUGGGAUACAUGUUGGCCGAUGACGGGCUGCUCUGUGUGGAUGUGAAUGAAUGCAGUGCUUCCCAAAGCCCAUGUGAACAGAUCUGUGUUAACACAAUGGGCAGCUUCACGUGUCUUUGCAGACGAGGCUAUGAGCCUGCUGACCCUGACAGCCAGGCAUGCCAGGACAUUGAUGAGUGUGCCAGGGACACUCCGUGUGACCAGCUUUGUGUAAACACCCAUGGCUCCUUUCUCUGCUCCUGCCAGCCAGGUUACCAGCUGGAGGGUAUCAAUAGCUCUUCUUGUCUAGAUGUGGACGAGUGCCUGGAGGAUCCUUGUGAACAUAUGUGUAUCAACCACCUGGGCAGUUAUGAGUGCUCUUGCAGAUCAGGCUGGACUUUGGCACCCAAUGGGAUCUCUUGCCUCCCAGACACAACAGGCAGGACCUCCUUCUUACCCACUCAAGGAGAAGGAGAACUGGGGAGGGCAGCUAACAUUCAUCUUUCUUCAGAGACACCAGCCCUACUGUCUCACUCUUCAAUUCAAGCGGAACCAGAAAGAGUCUUUGUAUCUCAGGAUUUUACCUCCCAGCCAAGUGCGUUCAGCAGUCUGCUAGAUGCUGAAGACCAGGCUGGAGACAGCAGCACCAAUGAUGACAGUGGCAGCUCCAAGCAAUUCCUAUACUAUAUCUUGGGUGGCGUGGCUGUUCUGUUACUGUUGGCGCUUGCCCUAGUCUUGAUCACCUGCAGGAAAAUGAAAGCCAAGCAAGCCAAGAAAAAAUCUACAAGUGCUGCUGAUAAUUACUCUUGGGUGCCAGAUCAGGGGGAGACCAGGGCAUGAAACAAUUAUGACAUGUUGUCCACGCCAUGUUUUUGCUGUGAUGAUCGUGUUGAGUUGGAGGCAGGGAGGAAAGAGAAGAUACAUUUGUAAACUGAAGUAAGAAAAAAAACCUGCAUUCAGAAAAUGUUCACAUCACAUUUGGCAAUGGCGAUCACUCUUACUGGGCCAUCUGAAACUGUGAGGGUGAAGGCAAAAGUAGGAUUUUAAGAGCAACCACAGCAGGCUCUCCAUGCAUGGUACAGUUCUAGCGACGCAACUCACUUUAUGGAUGUGCCCAGCAGCAAAAUGAAUGCUGGAUUAGCCUGCCCCACUAGCUCCUUUUAAAAGCAGCACAUGUACUCACACACAUGACCAUACAUCACCUUACUUCCCCUACGUCCUAAUCAAAAUAUUUGAAAACAGUGGGUAGUGUUCAGUGCUAGUUCUCCCCCUAGUAGACUCAUUGAAGCUAAUAGAAAUGACUAACUUAAGGUUGUUAAUUUGAAUGAGUCUACUCUGAGUAGGACUUAGUUGAAUACUACACAAUGGUUGCAAAACGACCAUUGCAAACAUGCAGGUGAUAUGAUGGACACUAGCCAGUAGGUGCCCUUCACAGUCCAGCUUCUUAUUCCUGCAGAGACAGAUCAAACUGCCUCUGCUACUUUUAAAAUGUUACAUCUGUUUUCACCCUUAAGGCAUAGUGGCCCAUUACCAGUACCCUAUAAAACUCCAUUUUGAAUGGAAUUAGUUGAAUUAGAAUCCUAGAGCUGUAGUUUAACUGCUGUGUGAAUUGACUGUAUUAGUAGACCUCAGACCAGAACCACGAGACAAUUUAGAAAUGGUACUGCUUUAUACACAUUUAUAUUGCAGUCCAUACCAUCUGCAUUCUAGCCAAAGCAUUUAUAAUAGGCCAAAACAUUCCUUUGAGAUGACUGAGUGUCACCGUAGGUGCUGCACCUGCAGUACUCUGGAUCAUCUCCCAUGUCUUCUAUAUCAGUGUUAGGAUGUUCAUGGGGUGAGGUGGGGAAAUGAAGGGGCCAUGUAAUGGUAACAGGAACCAAUAUAUUCCAUGAUUGGAUGCAUGGAGAGAAGCAGUUCUAGGGAACACAAACAUUAAUAGAAAAUUGUAGCCCAGGGCAGCAGCCAUUUCACAUUAGUUGUCAAUGUUCAGUGUUGAGUAAAAUUUGUUUUACACGUUGGUCUCCUGUAGCAUCACUUCAUAAAGUUUACAGAACAAA